AUGGCAGGAAGGUGGCAAGGGCUGUACCUCUUUCGGAAACUGGCGCGCGGCGACUUUAUCGAGCCGAAGAAUGUGCUCGACAAAGACAUGAGGGACGGCAUCCUCAAGCUGGAAAGACGGGGCGAGGAGACCAGACGGCAGUUCGAACAAGACCACAGACAAGCCAGCAGCUGGUUCCCUGCUGAGAUUGCCAAAGCUGAUGCAAAUUCGGAUACGCUUCUUGAGGAAUACAUCCUGCCGCGUCUACAACUGUCCGGCCUCGAUGCCGAGUACUGCUUUAGGAUGAUCAUGUUCCUUUACGAGUUCUCGACGCCGAAUUUCAAGAUUAUAUCGCUCUACAACCAGAUCUUUAACCACAUCCGGUUACGCGCCAUCAUCUUCACAUACACGGUCCGCGAGGCUGAGCAUCGAGCCCGCUUCCUGAAACUCAUCCUUGGCGACCUAUCCAAGGGGCACGGCGACAAGACGGCCUACAAGAAGGAGGCCCUAGGCCUAAAAGACUUAUAA